UUGUAUAUUAAAAUUACGAGUACUAUAAUUAUUGAUAAUUUACUAUCUAGUUAAGAUACAUAUAAUUUCUUUUGUAAACAAAUAAAUAAAUAAAAGACCGCGUAUUGACCCGGUCAAAUCCAUUACUUCAAAACAACAGAGCAUAAAUUAUGGUAACGUAAAAUGGUGUAAAAUGAAUUUAUAUAUGAUUAUUAAUUCAUGUCUGAUUUCUAAUAAAAACACGCUUAAGGAUUUAAACGGAUAUUUCUUCGAUGCCGGGAGGAAAAGUAAUGGACAAUAAAAGUAGAGUUUAAUUAGUACUAUAAAAUAUCUAAGGAGUCAAUUCGAAACACAUCUCAAAACAUCUUAGCUAACUGUAAUGAUCGUAUUUUAGUUCACUACAUAUAAGAUUACGUACCAUUCCUAACCCAGAAAUAUUUUCCAUCUUAUUAAACACUGUUUUCUUCUCUACUAAACCAUAUAUAGUUUCUGCUUAUUUAUAUACAUAAUCUGUUUUCAUAAACCAAUCACGUUUUAAGUUUCUUUCAACUCGCAAAUGGUCUCAAGUAGUCCUAUUUUACGUACAGCAGAGUACUGCAUUGAGUCAUUCAUUGUUCUAAAUUCCAAAACUGAUCUGAACCAAUACAAGAAGAAAUGGCAUUCUGCUUUUGUUACCAUCUAUUGUUCCAGAGCUUUCACCUCACUAUUCAAAUCUUCUCCCUCAAGAAAAGCUAGCUAUACCAAAAUACCACCCUCGUCUUCCCACACUGUUGUCGAUGUCAAGGUAGACAAUGGGUUCGAAAUCGAUCAGACCAAACUCAACCAGCUCACCAAAGACAAAGAUGUUUCUAAGCUUCAAGAAUUAGGUGGGGUCGAUGGCCUAGCCAAGGCUCUCAAAACUGAUGCUGAGCAUGGAAUUCAAAGUAACGACGGAGACAUAGCCCAAAGAGUUGAAGAGUUUGGCUCCAACACGUACCGAAAACCGCCUACCAAGAGUUUCUUCCAUUUUGUGUGGCAAGCUUUUCAAGAUCUUACUAUUGUCAUUCUUAUUGUCUGUGCUGCACUCUCUCUUGGCUUUGGCAUGAAAGUGCAUGGAACUAAAGAAGGUUGGAUUGAUGGUUUAAGUAUUUUUAUUGCUGUUUUUCUUGUCAUUGGUGUGUCUGCAAUAAGUAACUACAGGCAGAAUAGACAGUUCGAUAAGUUAUCCAAAGUUAGCAACAACAUCCAAAUUGAAGCCAUUAGAGAUGGACGUCGCCAACAGAUUUCGAUAUUCGAAAUCGUUGUGGGAGAUAUCGUUUGCUUAAAGAUUGGAGACCAAGUUUCGGCUGAUGGGUUGUUCUUAGAAGGGCAUUCCUUACAAGUUGAUGAAUCGAGUAUGACAGGGGAGAGCGACCACGUAGAAGUUAACCACAAACAGAAUCCAUUCUUGUUUUCUGGCACCAAAGUGGUUGAUGGCUAUGCGAAAAUGCUCGUAACUUCUGUUGGAAUGAACACAACAUGGGGACAAAUGAUGAGCCAAAUCAACAGCGAUUCAAACGAACAAACACCUUUACAAGCUCGCCUCGAUAAGCUUACUUCGGCCAUUGGCAAGGUUGGUUUAACAGUUGCUCUCCUUGUUCUCAUAGUCUUGUUUGUUCGUUACUUCACGGGGACAACAAAAGAUGAAUAUGGAAACAAAAAAUUCAACGGCAGCAAGACAAAGAUUGAUGACAUAGUGAAUGCUGCCGUAGAGAUUAUAGCAGCGGCAGUCACAAUCGUGGUUGUGGCCAUUCCGGAAGGUCUUCCACUUGCUGUGACGCUUACACUUGCAUAUUCAAUGAAGAGAAUGAUGACUGAUAAUGCCAUGGUGAGGAAGCUCUCUGCUUGUGAGACCAUGGGAUCUGCCACCACCAUUUGCACUGAUAAAACAGGUACUCUCACUAUGAACCAGAUGAAGGUCACCACCUUUUGGCUUGGUAAAGAUUCUGUCGUUGAAAAUUCUUACUCAAAGAUUGCACCAUAUGUGGUAGAAUUAUUUCGUGAAGGAAUAGCUCUUAAUACCACUGGUAGUGUAUAUAGGCCAAGUUUGGGAGCAGAAUUUGAAAUUUCAGGUAGUCCAACAGAGAAAGCUAUACUUUCUUGGGCUGUUGAAGAGUUGAAUAUGGAUAUGGAGGAAGUGAAGAAAAGUUGUGCCAUUCUUCACGUUGAGGCGUUCAAUUCCCAAAAGAAACAGAGUGGGGUAUCAAUAAAAAGAAAGACAGAUAAUACAAGAUGGGUACACUGGAAAGGUGCUGCAGAAAUGGUUUUGGCCAAGUGCUCAAGCUACUAUGAUGCUUCUGGAAUCGUUAAAGAUCUUGGUGAAAAUGAAAAAAUUGUGUUUGAGAAAAUCAUUCAAGCAAUGGCUGCCAGCAGCCUUAGAUGUAUUGCUUUCGCACACAAACAAGUUGAAACUACAGAGAAUGAAAGCUUAGAGGGAAAUGAUCAAACGAUUGAAGAAGAUGGCUUGAUUCUAUUGGGCAUGGUUGGUAUUAAGGAUCCUUGUCGUCCAGGAGUGAAGAAAGCUGUUGAAGCUUGCCAAAAUGCAGGAGUUCACGUCAAAAUGAUCACAGGUGACAAUGUAUUCACCGCAAGAGCCAUAGCCACAGAGUGUGGAAUCCUUAAGCUGGGCCAAGACAUGAGUGGAGCAGUUAUAGAAGGUGUUGAGUUUAGAAACUACUCACAGGAGGAGAGAAUGGAAAAAGUUGACAAAAUCUGCGUCAUGGCGAGAUCGUCCCCUUUCGAUAAACUCUUAAUGGUACAAUGCUUGAAACAAAAAGGUCAUGUUGUAGCAGUCACAGGAGAUGGCACAAAUGAUGCUCCAGCAUUGAAAGAAGCCGAUAUCGGACUCUCAAUGGGAAUCCAAGGCACCGAAGUGGCCAAAGAAAGCUCCGAUAUCGUUAUUUUGGAUGACAAUUUCGCUUCAGUGGCAACUGUUCUGAAAUGGGGUAGAUGCGUUUACAACAACAUCCAAAAGUUCAUCCAAUUCCAGCUGACGGUGAAUGUGGCUGCACUUGUGAUCAACUUUGUGGCUGCAAUCUCAGCAGGAGAGGUUCCAUUAACAGCUGUUCAACUAUUAUGGGUGAACUUGAUCAUGGACACCUUAGGAGCUUUGGCUUUGGCCACAGAGAAGCCCACAGAUGAACUCAUGGAAAAUCCACCUGUGGGUCGAACAGCGCCGCUCAUUACCAACAUCAUGUGGAGAAAUCUCUUGAGUCAAGCAUUUUAUCAAAUAUCUAUUCUUCUUACACUACAAUUCAGAGGCAAAUUGAUAUUCAACGUCAACGAGAAAGUGAAAGACACUCUGAUCUUCAACACUUUUGUUCUCUGCCAAGUUUUCAAUGAGUUCAAUGCUAGGAAGCUAGAGAAGAAGAACGUGUUCAAAGGAAUUCACAGGAACAAACUGUUCUUGGCCAUCAUCGCCAUUACCAUUGUUCUUCAAGUGUUGAUGGUUGAGUUUUUGAAGAAGUUUGCUGACACAGAGAGGUUGAACUGGGAACAAUGGGGCGCGUGUGUUGGACUCGCCGCCAUGUCUUGGCCAAUUGGUUGGAUUGUGAAGUGCAUACCUGUUCCUGAGAGACCAGUUUUCAGCCACAUCAAAGCCAUAACAUAUAAUAAGCUUCAAUUUUUCAUGCACACAACAAAACCUUGAACUGCCUUCUUCAACUUUAUUCUUUUCAUUUAUUAUUUUCUUCAUUAAUAUUUGUAACAUUUUUUCAACACUCACUUUUCUUCAUUAUAUUCUUUUCAUUUUUUGAACCACUUAGUUAUUCUUUGUAAAUAUUAUAGAAUCAUUUUCUCAAUAUUUAAUAUAAUUUAUUAUUUUUCUAACAA